AUGGCCGGUAGCGUCAUCGACCAUGCUCACGUUUGGAUGGGGUAUCUGGCGCGUCCUCGGGAGCUUCUUGCAAGGUCUUAUGACGGUAUAUGGGAGCUCAUAUCAAAUGGGACCCUUGUAUAUAUACCUGGGCUGUCUAAAACGAUCCAUAUCGGACCAAGAGAGGUCGCGUUGGGUCUCGCGGUGGGCAUCCCUGCGCUGAGCGUCACAAGGUACUUGGUGUACUUUGUGACGGGCUAUAUCAAGUAUAGAAUGCAGGCUAGCAAGACGGGUCUACCCAUGGUCUCAGUUCCGUAUCUAGAGACAAACAUCUUCUUCUCCAAUCUCGUUCGAACCAAUACCUAUAAACGUUUGUUCGGUAUGCUCCCUUCAUGGUCAAAGCGUUGGGCGAGAUGGGUCCGUCCAGAGUGGAGGUGGAUUGCAAAAUAUAGCAUUCACGCUGACAUGGGCGAUAUCUUCCAAGUCGUUACUCCAGAGCAGAUCAACGUCAAUAUUGCAGAUGCAGACGUCCUUAUGGAUGUCCUCAAUCGACGAACAGAGUUUACGAAAUACCAGCCGAUCAAUGGUAUCGUCGCUGUUUUCGGAGAAAAUGUGCUUACGGUUGAACACCAUGAUUGGACACGCCAUCGUAAAGUCAUUGGACCCUCGUUUAGCGAAAGCACCAACGCCAUUGUCUGGAACGAAACGAUUCGACAAGCCAGUGCUAUGCUCCGCUACUGGCGCAACACUCCGCCGAGUGACCACAAGCUCUUGCUGCACUCGCUCAAACUGGUCGGCUUAAACGUCAUGUCCUAUGUCGAGUUCGGCAUUCCACUUCCGUUUGAUCACGAAAAGGACGUGACGAGUGUAGCGACAAAGUACACAUUCCGAGAGGCAUUUGGGCUCAUUACGAAUGAUUUCCGCAAGAUGAUUGGGGCCCUCAUUGCGCCCAAAUGGCUUUUGCCGCUGUUAGGAAACGAGUUUGGACAGAUGCUCGACGCAAAGGCCGCAAUUGAUAGCUAUAUCCAUGCCAUUUUGGAACGCGAAGAAAGCGCACCUGGACAAAAUGUUAGUGAGAGUGGAAAGGAGACCCUCAUCUCUGCACUAGUGAAGGCCAACGCCGAGGCGAUGGCUGAGGAGGCUACUGGUUCACCUCGCGCUGGGCUGAGCAAUAGCGAGAUCCUGGGAAACGUGUACGUGAUGAUCCUCGCGGCGCUGGACACUACCUCGACGGCACUCCAAUUCGCACUCAUCAACCUUGCCAUUCACCAAGACAAGCAAGCUUGGCUACACGAGCAACUUGACAAGGACCUAGCCUCUGCUGAAGUCCCUCUGAGUGCCGACCCAGCUACAUGGGAGUAUGACACUCUCUUUCGGAAGCUGACAGGUCCAAUGUGUGUCGCUUACGAGACACUUCGCACCCACCCAUCGAUUCCUGCCACCCUCCGGUGGACAGGAUCCGAACCCCGCACGAUUACUUGGCACGAAGACCCGCUCAAGUCACCACGACACAUUGUGCUACCGGCCCAAAGCGUCGUCGUCCUCAACUUUGUAGGCGUGCAGUACAAUCCCAAAUACUGGGGCCUCGACGCAGCAGAGUACAAACCCGAAAGGUGGGCAAUGGAAUCUUACACACACGAGGAGCAGAAGGAUCAAGGUAUCCAACCGUCUGCCAAAUUUCCUGGCGUCCGUCGUCCUCCAAGAGGUGCAUUCUUACCGUGGAGUGAAGGAUUCAGAGCGUGUCUGGGAAGAAGGUUUGCCGAGACACAAAUGGCGGCUGUUCUUGCGGUUUUAUUCUCCCAAUACCGGUGCGAGAUCCGUCAACAGCCGGGGGAGACGUCGGAAGGAGCCAAGAGGCGAGCCCAGCGGGCCCUCGAUGGCGCUACAAUGCAAAUGAGUUUGGCUGCUCGUGACCGCAUCGAGCUUGUCUGGGUACCAAGGAAAUGA